AAGAAAGGACACUAUCCUACUCAGACCAAAACACAAUUAUUGAAGAGAACAUGGACAACACAACCACAAAAGAUGAAAGAGAGAGACACAGGGCCAAAACAGCCAAAGGAAACAACCUUGGAAAAAAAGGAAAAGAACUGGAAAAAGAAGUGGAGGAACUUUUUCAUAGACUUCAACUUGAAGUCAAGAGCAACAAACUGAGAGCUUCAGAUGUUCUUCAGAUUACUGCAAAUUCAUUACAGUCACAAGGGUCUUGUACUGAGAAGGAUCUGGUUCAGAUGUUUUUACAAAAACUACUGAUGAUGAACUACAAAGCAAGAAGUAUCACUGUUACAGAGACUACCAUACAUCACAAGGAAAAACAACAUAAGGCCCAACAAUUAUAUGCAGACAAUGUUGAUGUGUUUAGUGACAUUUUUGAAAAUGCACCUUUGUCUAAUGAAAGACAGAGCAACACUGACCCUAUUCACCCGAUGGAUGUUCAGAUGGCCGUGUUUCAUUGUGCUGAUCGUGUCCUGAAGCAGAUGAUGGUCACUAAACUGUCCCAGUGCCGGUACGCUCUGCCUCUGCUUGUUCUUGAUCCAUUCACACAGAAGAUUGAGUUUCCUCUCUGGACAUUUAGAGAAAUUAACCAGAGCUGGAAGAUAAUAAACAACAACAAUGAAACCAUUAGUCAAAUCCAGCCGAUCUGGAAGGCAGAAACUCCAAUGGUGUUUUUCUUCAGGUUUGGCUCUGUGUCUUCAUCCAAGUCUCAGCUGAUGAACAGUCUGAUCAAUGACAAACACAACACGUUCUUCCACAGACACUGCCCCGGCAGCAGCAGAACCAGAGUCCUGAUGGAUGGAGUGGUGGAGAUCGCCUGGUUCUGCCCCUCUGGAUCAUAUGAUGAUAAAUUCACUGAAAGUGUUGCAUUCUGUAAUCUACACGGUGAUGCAGGAAACCAUGAGAAACAGCUGCAGAUAAUGACUGAAAUGGCCUCAGUCAAUGUUGUUGUUCUUCCACAGCUCAAAAGGAAUGACAACAGCAUGACAAUAAUCCAAAACCUGUACAAGGACCCAAAGCCACUGAUUUGCCUUCUUCCUGAGAAUGAUUCAUCUCUCACGGAGACCUCUCUGAAAGGAAAAUAUAAAAUUGGUUUGAAAGACAGAGGUCAGGCAGAUGUUUCUAAAGAUCUCAGAGAAGCUAUUACAGAUUGUCUCUCAUUCUCAUCUUCAAAAUCAGCCACUUUCAGACUUGAAGAUGUGGCCGAACACUCAGACAUCAGAGUAGAUGAGGAAGAUGAUGAUGACUGCAGGAAAGGAAAGAAGGCAGCACAAGAAAUGAUGAGACUACUGGAGAAGAAAGAUCUGACAGAAAUCAAAGAAUCAUUUUUACCCUGUCAGGGAAAACUGUGGCAUCAGUGGUGUCAGAAAAAUAAAGAACUAAAUCAACCUAAAGGGGAUCACCCGGAAAUGGAAAUUAGUGAAAAAAAAGCUGAGAUGAUGGAAGUCCGUGAACAACAGCAUAAAUCUGACACCAGUAGGUUUAUACAUUUAUUCAUGGAACAAAUGAUCUCACAAGCUGCAAAUAAGCCAAUGUUUUUUCUUAAAUGGCUCAGAAUCCUCCUGGAUGAACAUACCUCAGCUGACCUUUCUCAUCUACAUCACAAGUAUGGUGAAAACUGGUCAGUUUUAAACAUGUUAAAACUGAAAGAAAAUCCUGAUGAAUCUGAAAAACUCAAGGCUGAACUUCUGGAACUAUCUAAGAAACUUCAAGAUGCAACCUUUGGUUUGGAGCACAUCCUCAGAGAAAUUGGCCAGAUUUAUGAAUCAUGUUCAUCUUUGAAGAAGAACAAGAAAGACCUGCCGUUUCACUUCUCUUCUCUCCCAAGUCUUGCAGCGCAGAUGAUGAUCUCUGGAUUUCCUCUGGAGCUGAUGGAUGGAGAUGCUGCUCAUGUCCCUCUGAUCUGGAUCUCUGCUGUUCUUGAUGAACUCAUCCAGAAACUGGGAGACCAGAGAGUCUUUGUGCUGUCAGUUUUAGGGAUUCAGAGCUCUGGGAAAUCCACCAUGCUGAAUGGCAUGUUUGGACUGCAGUUUGCCGUCAGUGCUGGCAGGACAACCAGAGGAGCUUUCAUGCAGCUGGUCAAACUAUCAGACGAGAUGAAAACACAGAUGAACACUGACUAUAUUCUGGUUGUUGAUACUGAAGGACUUCGUUCUCCAGAAGUGGCUGGAAAAUCAAUAAGACAUCAUGACAAUGAAUUGGCCACGUUUGUUAUUGGCCUUGGAAAUCUGACAUUGAUCAACAUCUAUGGAGAAAACCCUACAGAGAUGCAGGACAUUCUUCAGAUUGUUGUUCAGGCCUUCCUGAGGAUGAAGGAGGUCAGACUGAAUCCCAGCUGUGUGUUUGUGCAUCAGAACGUUUCAGACGUCACAGCUGGAGAGAAAAACAUGGAGGGAAGGAGACAACUACAGGAGACACUGGAUAAGAUGACAAAACUCGCUGCUGAAGAUGAAGUCUGUAAUGCAGAAUGUUUCAGUGAUGUCAUUACAUUUGAUGUUCAGAAGGAUGUGAAGUAUUUUGCUCAGCUCUGGGAGGGAAGCCCACCAAUGGCUCCACCAAACCCUUCAUACUGUGAAAAUGUUCAAGACCUUAAGAAAACUAUUCUUUCUCAUGUUUCAAACUCAAAUGGCAUGAAGCUGACAGACUUCAAAAAUCAUAUUAAAAAUCUCUGGGAUGCUUUACUGAAUGAACGCUUUGUGUUCAGCUUCAAAAAUGUUCUGGAGAUCGCAGCAUAUAGAAAACUGGAGACAGAAUACAGUAAGUGGACCUGGAGACUUCGGAAGACCAUGCUGGAAACUGAAAACAAAUUACAGAACCAAAUAGGUAGUGGAGCAAUCAAUGUGGUUGAAGAAACAGAUCUUCAAGAGGAACUGAAUGUAAAGAGUGCAGAAGUGAAGAAAUCUAUGUCAGAAUUCUUUGCGAGAGACACCAAUGCCAAUAUACUGAUCCAGUGGAAAACAAAUUUUGAAUUAAAAAUCUCACACAUACAGGAAAACAUUGUUAGAGAAACGAAGAGGAAAUUGAAUGAUGUGCUUCAGCAGCGACACAUAAAGAAAAAGAUUGAUUCUCAGAGGACUCAAAAUGAAAAUGAUCUACUUGAGAAGGCCAAAAAUCUUGCCUUAACUCUCAAAGACAAAGAUGAUAAGAUCCUGCAACAAGAGUUUAAUUCAUUUUGGGAAAAUUGUGUAAAUGAGAUUAAGAAAGACACACCGCAAGACACAGACAUUGACAUUUUAAAAGAUACAAAGGAGGUCCUCAGUGACGGCAAUGAACGUUUCUUAGACCGCUGGAGUGAAAUCAAAAAUUGCAAUAUUUUAAAUAUGUCAAACUAUUCAGAGUAUAUACAGAUUCAAAAACCUAAGAAAUUUAGAAUUAGUGUCUAUUCUCUGUCUAAUGAGGAUCACACCCAAAUCAAAAACUUAAUUAUAGACAUUGCAGAGCAAGCCAAAAAAAUUAUGUCAAAAAACAUUGCACAGAUGGGCUACAAUAAAGGGCACAUUCAAGAACUCAGUGAUUUCAUCAAAGCAAAAGUAACAGAACAUGAAGAAAGACAUAAAGAGAAAUAUAUGUUCAAGAAACACUUCUUCAGUGAUUUGGUUCUUGCCAUACUCAUCACAGUAGAAAAGACAUUCAAGGAACAACACGACAUCUUCAAAGAAGCCAAUGAUCCUGUUCUCUAUUUUGCAAGAAAAAGAGAAGAAUAUUACAGUAUUUUCCAGAAAUACUGCCAGGGGGCAACAUCAGCUGCAAUCUUAGGUCAGAUCAUCUGUAACAAACUUAAAGAGCCCAUUCAGCAGAGUGUCUACAAGAAAACUGCCAGAGAUUUGGCAGAUGAAAUUAAGACAAACUGUGAAUCACUGAAUGGAAACAGAUCUAAUCUGGAGAAACACAUCCUGAAGACACUGGCAGAAAAGGAGGAUUUUGAGGCAUACAAAACUUACAUUCAUAAUCCCAAAGAACACUUCAAGAGUUUCAUCAGAGGUGAAGUCAGUCAGUACAUCACUGAUAACUUAACCAAAAGUGUUCUGCCCAAGAUGAGAGAUGAUUUAAAACUGAAGGAGAAGCGGAUCAUAGAAGCAGUGAAGAGAGCAACUGAAGAGGUUGAUAAAAACCAAAGAGAUGCUGCUGAUCUGUGGUUGAAGAGUUUCACACUGAAUUUAUCAGAUCUGCUGAUAUUCUCUGAGAAUGACCUCAGUGGAGUUAGUCGUGAUGAUGUUGAUGUAAAACUCCUAGAAGAAGUAAUAAUAAAAGAACUUCCUCCCUUAAUAUCUGACAUAAACGAGAUAUUCAGUACAGAAUCUUUUCUGUUGAAGCUGGAAUAUAAAGACAGACCUGGUGAGAUUCUGAUUGAACACCUCUGUCACUGCUGUUGGGCUCAGUGUCCGUUCUGUAAAGCCAUCUGCACAAACACCGCAGAAGACCACCUUCCACAACUUCACAGUGUUCCUUUCCAUCGAAUUGAUGGACUGAACGGGUGGAGUUAUAAAAGAACACAAGAUCUUUGUGCAGGUUUUUGCACAACUCUAGUAAAAAGUACUAAGAUAUUUUGCACAUCUCAUAAAUCUGUAAAAUCCAUUCCAUAUAAAUAUUACACAACGGCAGGAGGAGUUUAUGCUGAAUGGAGCAUCACCCCUGAUCUCUCUGAGCUCUCAUACUGGAAGUGGUUUGUCUGCACAUUUCAGAAAGAGCUGGAAAAUUACUACAAUAAAAAAUUUCAGGGUCAUGGUGAGAUUCCAGAUGAAUGGAGAAAACAUUCAAAACAGGAUGCUAUUGAGAGUUUGGACAAAUACAUCUGAACAAGCAGACCUUUUUAUUAUUUGAUUUGAGUCUUUUUGAAUAAUAUUUUAAAGUCAGAACAUCUUUGAAGAAAAUGCUAGACUGUUAGAAAAAGUUAUAAACCUUAAUAAUUAAAUUCAUAUAGCUAAUCAUUAAUCGCAAAUAAACACUUCUGUAUAAUAUGGAGUUUUGAAUUUAUGCUUCUGAUAAGAAAUUGUUUUUUGCAUGCCUAUUUGAAGAGGAUCUUUUCCUAAUCUCAUUGUUAGCAAUAAUGAUUAGUUCCUAAAUGUAUACAGAAUACCCAUCUGUGAUGAAAUGUGUUAAACUACAGUAAACAGGUCAUUUGAAAAUCCUGCAUUUUAAAUUCUGCUAUUAAUGACAUGCAGUACAGGUUUGAUUUCUGAGUAUGAAUUAUAUUGUCAAUUUCACUGUCGCUCCCUCCAGUAAGAGUUCUUUCAAACUGACUGAUGGUUUAUUCAAACCAUAAAUUCCUCAUUCACCAUUAACAUGGAUGACAAAUAUGAUGAUGUCAAACAACACCAGACGUAAGAACUGAAAACAAACAAAUAAAUAAGUUAUAAACAAUCAUCUUGUUCCUUGUAUGACUCAACUUUAACUGUUUUACUAACAAUCACAAGUGUACUAUAAAUAGCAUCAUCCCAACUGCCAUUACUCAAAUUAAUUAAACCAACACAAAACAUACACACACAUUACAUAAAAAUACAAUGAUAUUUAGAAUAAAGUAAUCUAACAGCAACAAAAUUUAAACACAUUUGUAUAAUGCAAUUGAUCAUUUUUGCAAUGCACUUCACUCACGAUAGAAACAAACAUUUCUCAUUAACUGCUUAGAUGUAACGAGGCAGUAGACUCGAUGGGAUCCAUAUGCAGCUUUAUUAUAAACAAUUGUAGUCGUACAGGCAAGGGUCAAAUACCAGCAAUAACAAUGUCCAAGGCAGAGAUGAAUCAUAAACGGGGACAGGCAAAGGGUCAGGGCAGGCAGCAGACAAGGCAGAGUAAUCCAGUAAACAGGCAGG